AGUCGCAGCGAUACCACGCAGCCUCAUACAUCAUCAACACCAGACGCACUACCACAAGAUUACCAACAGCAAUAAUGCUUUUCUACUCGUUUUUCAAGUCUCUGGUGGGAAAGGACGUGGUGGUGGAGCUCAAAAACGACCUGAGCAUCUGUGGGACACUUCAUUCUGUUGACCAGUACCUGAACAUUAAGCUCACAGACAUCAGUGUCACAGAUCCAGAGAAAUAUCCACACAUGCUGUCCGUGAAAAACUGUUUCAUCCGUGGAUCCGUGGUCCGGUACGUUCAGCUACCUGCAGAUGAAGUGGACACUCAGCUGCUGCAAGACGCUGCGCGAAAAGAAGCGAUGCAGCAGAAGCAGUGAUUUACCUGCGGGAUGGGGUUUAGUUCGGAGUGGGUGGGUGGUGGGGUGGGGUUUUUGUGACAGUUGAUAAUGGGUAGUUUAACUUUUGAGUUAAUUUCAUUUAAAGAAGAUACAGUCUGUGCAGCUCUUGUACUUAAGCAGUUUUGGUUAUUAGCCUCUGUGCUUUCACAAGAAUUUAAUUGCAUUCCAAACAUUAGAAAUCAGGAAUUUACCAAACUGUAAUUAUGAAAAAUGUUCUUUACCUCACAGGCCGUAUAGGAGGCUUCAUUUGAUACUGUUUUUUGUUUGGUUUAAAAGAAUCAGAAAUAAAUGCAAUUUUGAGCCAAGUCGAGGUCAAGAUCUGUUGUAAUGUUUCUGUUGCAUAAUACCAGCAAAUUAUGACUUUGGGAUUUUUUUUAUGCCACUUCAAAAUAAAAAGCUAUUUUAUUUA